GCUACAGCGAUAAACUAAACUGCUCAGACCUGGCACUAUGCAGUGAACAGCGAAGAGAGGCAGUCGUUCCCGCUGCGCCAAGCCGGAUGAGACAAGCGCAAGUACUGGCACUGUAGCUCCGAUGAUAUGGCAGUCAGUGCUACCUGACUGGAGAGACAGGGUCCCAGUCACGACUACCGGUGUCCGGGAGGAAAUAACAGACGCCGAGCGGACCUGAUAUCGGGAAUUAAUCAGCAAACAGCGACACGUGGAGCAAGCGUUACUGAGCAAGGAGAGAAAGACAGACAGAUCGAAAGAAAAGAAAAGAACAAGACGCAAGCUCUCCGUCUGUCGAGUUCGAAGAGGCGCCCCUGGUGCCGCCUGUACAGGUCACCUCAACCGUGACGCCGUGGGACAAUGGAGGCUUGACCCGCUGUCCCCGAGACUGCUAUCAGAGAGCAAAUAUUUAAACGUAUUGUACCUCCGGCACCCAGAGCUGCUUGCGCUGGGGCCUACGACGGAAACAGAGUGAGGAAAAGAGGGGGGCUGCUGGAAAAAAAGAAGAGCAAACACAUUGAGAGUGAACUCAGGCGGCUAUUUCUGCCACGCUGUGGGCGCAGGAACGUCUCAUUUGGGAGAGCACUUGGACGUCGGCAAAAGGAUUUCCCUGUGCCCUGCCUGUUUAUCCAAAUGCCUGUCUAAAUACUGGAUGGAGAUAUCAAAUUUGUAGCCGUUCCAAAAAAGCGCCCGAGAAAAGGGGCUAACUAUAGCAGAGCCUGAAGCCUCGGCGGUCUCCUUUACUCGGUUCCCCCACAGGAUCCUCCGAGGCCGAGAACAAAACAAAUACUCAAAGCAAAAUGAAAGGAGAUUAGAUAGAACUGUUUGUUGUGCAAAAGCUUUCAGAUCUUGAGAAGUCUCACUAGAGUAACGAACAAUCAGAUAAUCAAACGUAAUAAUCCUCCUUUGAGUCUAGAGACUUCCUUUCCUGUGAGGCUACUCUUGUCCCCUAGCUGAGGAGUGUGGAGGGGGAGACUGCUUCAUCUGGUGCUGCUUCCUUUCAUGCAUUCACCCACCAGGCGCAGGAUGAAGCCUCUGACCCCAAUCGGCUCCCCGUCACCCCUGCGGCUCCUCAACAAGGGCCCGGAGUACCUGCGCCGGCAGAUGGACACGGGCAACCGCGGGCGCUCCGUGAGCGCAGUGGAGCGCCUGGAGGCCGACAAGGCCAAGUAUGUGAAGAGCCAGCAGGUCAUUAACACCAAGCAGGAGCCUGUGCUGGUGCCCUGCACCACCCCGCCACCCCCGCCCCGCCGUCUGCUCGCUGUGUCUGCCUGCUCCACACCACGCCUGCCGCACCGGUGGCACCACAACGGGUUCUACUCCACCUCUACCCCGAGGGACGACAGCGAGGACGACUCCAGGAAGGAGAACCGUCAGGCAGGGGAAGACGAAGAUGACGACGAUGAAGAUGAUGAUGAUGGGGUGCCUGUCAGGAAGAGUGUGGAGGAGCAGAACCGUAACAAUGCCAACAGGUUCAUGCAGUCUCCACGGAUGCCCAUCAACGUCCCGCUUGUGGCGCCCCACAGCGCCCCCGUGCUGCGGCGGAGUACCGGUAAACGCAUGAUGCGGCCGGACUCACUGGUCAUCUACCGGCAGAAGAAGGAGUGCAAGUCUCCCACGGUGACCGUUGCGGGGGGUAACAGCACCACGGAGACUAAAGGCUACAGCUUUGUGCGGAGGCUCUUCCAGGGCUCCAUGCGGGAGAAGAGCGGAGGGGGCAGUGGAGACAAGAUGACCAUCAGUGAGGAGAAGGCCCCAUCUCGAGACGGAGACUCCCGCAUGUCCUGGUCCAACGACAAGAGCUCAGUGGACGUCGGGGACGGAUGUAACGAGACGCGGCGCUCCAGCAGAUCCAGCCGGGAGCGCUCCUUGGAGUCUGACAACGGAAACAUCUACCUCGUGGAGAGGCGGGUGAAGAAACCCAACGGCACGUGCGACCACUCAAACAACAACACCACCACGUCCACAACCACCACAGACGACGACAUGGACCCCUGGAAGCCGGUGGUUCCGCGCGUGCCCCUGCGGAGCGGGCUGCAGCGCUCCAAGUCGGAACUGAGGCUGCGCUGUUCGGUGGCACUUUCCGAUACGGAGCGCUUCUUCGACUUCUGCGGCCUGGACCUGGACAUCAUCGAUCGGCUGGGCGCUGAGAACUUCCUGUCAGGCGCCAGCUCCGUGGACACCCUCUCGCUCAUCCUUCGGAGCGUCGGCGGCGGGGGUGGCUCAGAGCCCAGCGAGUUCUCGCGCCACUCGGGGGAGGGGCUGUUUCAGGAGGAGCUGGCCGAGCAACUGCCCAUCAUCGGAGUGUCCAUCAUCGAGCGUAAUGCGCGGGUCAUCAAGUGGCUCUACAGCUGCAAGAACGCACAGAAGGAGGGUCCCAAAGAGUCCACGGUGUAGCCGCCGACCCAAACAGACUCAAAACAGAGCUGACAGGGGAGAGGACUAGUGCCCCUGUGCAGAGCUGUUACACCUAAUAGAAGUACUUCUGACAGAUCGAUAUGCUGUAUUUAUUUCUUUUGAGAAUAUGUGAGACUGUUAGUUCUGUGAAUGCAACAACCCUUCACCCUUUGCCCUCUGCUGCAAAAUAUAAUUUUGUGAUCAUACGGACACGUCUGUUUCAAUCAACUCUGCCUCUUCAAAACUGUCCAUCACUUGUUCUCAGUCAUGUGAUACUAGCUUAUGCAUCAACUGCGUUGUUUGCUUAACAUAGCUCUGCAUCCUCUGCAUCUCCCACAAGUUCAUAAUUCAGAGCAGAAAAAAACCCACUAAGCUUUGUUUUCCCCUGACCAGAGAAAGUGAUGUGAGUAUUAAGUGAACCGUGUGUACCUCAUUCCACUACUGCCCCAGUUUUUUUGUGUGUGUUGUGCGUGUUGUUGUUUUUUUUUCUCUAUUUUCUUCCUUAAACGCAGGCGUUGGAACAAACAUGCAAUGCACCCCUAUGGGGCUUCAAGAGCACUGAACUGGAGUGAAAAUGAGAGACAGAGAGAGAGAGAGAGAGAGAGAGAGUGUGUGAGAGAGAGCCUAGACCUAUGAUCUCUUUAAUAUACUGUGCAACAGAGAAUGCUGUUCCUGUUAAACAAGGAGUGCAAUCUCAUAUUAUUUAAACAUAGUCAAAAUGCAGUUCAAGCCCAAAUAACCAGACAUGCACCACUGCAUAUUUUUUUGCCAACUGUACUACUCUAUCCUGGUUUAGAAUUGUUUCAGGGUGCUCUAGAAUUAUAAAUCCAUAGAAACAGAAUGUGUAUUCUAUUUCUAUUUAUUGAUCUCUCCACGUCACAGAACAUUCCAGCAAUGCCCAGAUACAUCACAGAGACAUCAAAGACUAGAUCACUUGUCAAUAUGUGUCUCACUUUUAUAAGAAAACAAAACAAUAAUCAAAUACUCCUACACUCAAUACACAACUCCAGAUUAUACUGCAUGAUACAUCUGCUAGUGAGCUUUUCAUUCACCUCACAGCCUAGUGUUAGUAGUCAUAAAUGACUGACACUCACACAUAGCCAAAGUCCCACUGGGCCCACAGCACUCCCCCAAUGUGUCAGACUGUGAGCUGUCUCCAACUCACGAAAGGGAGCUGACGGCUUUCUUCCCUUUCAUUUUACUCCCUGCACACACACACACACUCUCACACACACACACACACACACACACACACACACACACACACACACACACACACACACACACGCACUAAGCACAGACAUCCACACACCUUACCUUGUGGCCUCAGUCACUCUUCAUGUUAAAAUUAGCAUGUAGGUCAGGCUAGCCCCACUGAAAACUGGACUGGAGCGUCACAGAGAUAUGUGCAGGUUGCAUAGCAUGUGACCUGUAUGGAGAGCCUGGCCUCCACACACCCCAUGACAGAUGCAUUGUAUGACCUCCUCUGGAUGGGUAGCUGCUCCUCAAAAUCUGUUUGUGUCGAUGUAAAUCAGUAUUCUGAAGGUCCGAAAGAAUGGCCACCUGGCCCAAGCCAAACUGGAAAUGCUUUGAGAGCUGUUGUAUUUGCAUGUGUACAGGAUGUUGUAUAUAAUUUUGCAAAGAUUUUCUUUCUAUCUAUGAGAGGUUUAGAUUUUAUUCCAAAGAACAUUGUGUAUUAUUUACACAGAAGGUCAACAUAAUAAAGUACUAUUUGUGGA